UCAGCCGUGGAUGCUUGGCCUUUCCCUGUUCCAGCCACUGGGCACUCACAACUGUGUAUGGUGUGACCAGGGCUUGUUCUGUUAUCUCACGGCCAGGAGGGGUGUUCUUGGCAGGCUUGGUCUGGCCGGCUAUGUGGGUAGAAGGGCAUCUGUUCCUGUCCUGCACAUGGGGCUCAGUGGCACAAGGCCUCACACAGUGCCUGGGGACUUCUCUAAGCUUGCAUCAUACUGCCACUGCAGAGUUGAACCUGAAGCUCUUGCUGGACUGACCCUGAGUGUUGGCAUUCCUCAGGUUGUGUACCCUGAGCAUGCGCCCAGGCCCAGCCGACAUAUCCAGAUUCCCAGGCUCCCCAGCCCAAUCUAUGAGCCAGUGAAAUAGGGCAGGCUGAAGGUCAGUGGGCUCAGAGUCAGCUGGUGGGGCAACCAGCAGCCUCCUGGCGGGAGAGGAGAAGAGGCAAGGCAGGAGGCCAGAAAGGGCACAGGCCUCUGGCAGCCAUGGGCGUCAGGUUGUGCUGAGGGCAGUGGGGCAUGGCUGCAGCCCUGCAGGUCCUGCCCUGCUGGGUCCGAGCCCCCUUGCGUCCACUCCUCUGGGGUGGCCCAGUGGCCCGGCUAGCCAGCAGCAUGGCCUUGGCAGGGCAGGCACAGCAGCUUUUUGAGAGUGCUGUGGGUGCUGUGCUGCCGGGCCCCAUGCUGCAUCGGGCGCUGUCCUUGGACCCUGACGGCAGGCAGCUGAAGGUGCGGGACCGGAGCUUUCAGCUGCACCAGAACCUCUACCUGGUGGGCUUCGGCAAGGCUGUGCUGGGCAUGGCAGCUGCCGCUGAAGAGCUCCUGGGCCAGCAUAUCGUGCAGGGUGUGAUCAGCGUUCCCAAGGGGAUCCGUGCUGCCAUGGAGCACGCCGGCAGACAGGAGAUGUUGCUGAAGCCACACAGCCGAAUCCAGGUAUUCGAAGGCGCAGAGCACAACCUACCGGACCGAGACGCUCUGCGGGCUGCCCUGGCCAUCCGGCAGUUGGCUGAGGGGCUCACAGCUGAUGAUCUGCUGCUCGUGCUCAUCUCAGGUGGGGGCUCAGCCCUGCUGCCAGCCCCCAUCCCACCUGUCACCCUGGAGGAGAAGCAGAUGCUCACCAAACUGCUGGCAGCCCGUGGAGCCACCAUCCAGGAGCUGAACACCAUCCGGAAGGCCCUGUCCCACCUCAAGGGUGGGGGGCUGGCUCAGGCCGCCUACCCUGCACAGGUGGUAAGCCUGAUCCUGUCAGAUGUGGUGGGCGACCCUGUGGAGGUGAUUGCCAGUGGCCCCACUGUGGCCAGCACCCACAGUGUGCAAGAUUGCCUGCACAUCCUCAACCACUAUGGCCUCCGGGCUGCCCUGCCACGUUCUGUGAAGACCGUGUUCGCUCGAGCUGACUCUGACCCCCAUGGGCCACACACCUGUGGUCACGUCCUCAACGUGAUCAUCGGCUCCAAUGUGCUUGCACUGGCUGAGGCCCAGCGGCAGGCCGAGGCACUGGGCUACCGGGCCAUGGUGCUGAGCACGGCCAUACAGGGUGAUGUGAAAAGUAUAGCCCAGUUCUAUGUGCUGCUGGCUCAAGUAGCUGGUGCCCGCCUCACCCCAUCCAUGGCAGGGUCUUUGGUAGAGGAGGAUGCAAAACUCCAUGAGCUGGCAGCUGAGCUCCAGCUCCCAGACCUGCAGCUGGAGGAGGCUCUGGAGGCCCUGGUUGGGGCUAGGGGCCCAGUCUGCCUGCUGGCUGGUGGUGAACCCACGGUGCAGCUGCAGGGCUCUGGCAGGGGGGGUCGGAACCAGGAGCUGGCCCUACGAGUUGGAGUAGAACUGGGAAGAUGGCCUCUGGGGUCUGUCGAUGUGCUGUUUUUGAGUGGUGGCACUGAUGGGCAGGAUGGGCCCACUGAGGCUGCUGGGGCCUGGGUCACACCUGACCUUGCCAGACAGGCUACUGUUGAGGGCCUGGAUGUGGCCACCUUCCUAGCCCACAAUGACUCCCAUGGUUUCUUCUGCCGCCUGCAGGGUGGGGCGCAUCUGCUGCACACAGGGCUGACAGGUACCAAUGUCAUGGAUGCCCAUCUCCUGUUCCUGUGGCCUCACUGAUGGUGUAGGUUGCAUUUUGGGAGCCGGGAGGAGGCCAGUAGGGCAGGGUCCUAGGGUAGCCCAGAGUUGGUCCCCAAGGCCUCAUCAUGAUUUAGGGCCCGUCAUCUUGGUCCUGGCUGCUUGGUUGGUGCUUGUACCACCUACCCAGGGGCUGUGCUCCAUGUCUGUUACCCCCCAUUCAGCUUGGCAGAUGGGGGUUCCUCUCCAUCCCUCCACCCCUACUUCCUGCCGUGGCUGAUCCCUAAAGACCAGGACAACUGUCUGGUCUAGUUCUCUGUCCCUCUUCUCCCCCUGCGCAGUCCCCCUGUUUAUUUUUCUGUGGAGUGAAACAAGAAAGACUGAAAAUAAAAAGGACUACACUGCUG